GGGAUACUGUCACACAAACGUGGAAUGUAUGAAAAAUGGCGGCGAAAAUUGAUUCAAAGGGGAAACAAAACGAUGAGGUUUUCAACACCAACAAAUCGUUCUGGCGACUGAAACGAUAUGGACGGUUUUUACCCCCGACUUCCAAAUGCGACAGGACCUCCUCCUGGAAGGUCUUUGAGCCCAGUGACACUGCAGGGCAUCUGGCGUUAACCAUUGUGCAGUCAGGACACCUGCUUGUUUCCCAAGACCAGGAACUUUUGGAAGGCUUCUCCCUGAUCGGUGCUCCGAACUUCCUGAAAGUGCAGCGGAAGUCCGACAUCCUACUGUUCCGCAUGAUGGCCAAGGGGGAGAGCCGCAUGUUCAGGCUGCAGUUCGAGGGCUCCAGCAGGGAGGAGGCGCUGGAGGAGUGUGCCGGCGCGGCGCGGAGGCUCCAGGAGUACCUGCCCGUCGGCGCGCCGCAGACGAACCCGCCUCCCAGCGCCCAGGAGCACGGGACAUCCAUGGAGGAGACAUCUAAUGACGUACCUGGAGUCAAACAAGGCUCAGUAUCUGUGAGAGAGCUUGUGCAGUCUUUCCUGGGGCAGCCUGGCUCCUCCCUGCCUCUGGCGUACUGCCACUCUGCCCUACCGAGCCAGGAGCUGGGGCCCUUCCUCCGACUCUGCCUCCUGGACCACAGCUUCCCAGCACUGGUGGAGGAGGUGGAGAAUGAGCUGAAGAAACUGGCCCAGGACUAGGAGAGCGAGCCAAUCAGGCGCCCGAGCUGGAUGAAAUGGAACUGGCAGGUGGUACGGGAGGCUGUCCUCUGGUUUUGUUGCCGUGGCUAAUUUUGAGAUAUUCGAGGUUUGGUAACACACCUGCCUUGGUCUAAACUUAGUCCUUGAUUUUGGCUCACAAUCAGAGACUUUUUCUUUGCUUUUUUUGCUGACACAGUUUGGCAAUUUCACUGAUCACCAAAAUGAAUUUUUUAAAAUUGUGUUGGAAAAUACUCUUUAAAAUGAUGUUUGCUGUUUGUUGUUCUUAUCCAUCUUUGUAAUAUUUCUGAAAAGAAACCAGACACAUUGGUACUUUGGAGUGGUUUAUUCUUAAAAAUGAUUGGUUUCACAUGUU